AUGGGCCGCAGCCUUUGGGAUACCUUGCAGCAUUUGUCUGUGAUUCUCCCUGCUGGGAUACUUUGGGGUGCUGCAAUUGCUUUGAGUCUACCCCGGCACAACGAUCUCAGUGCAGUAGUUCGACUCGGUCGUGUUGCCCCUGCGGUUGUCUUCGCCUUCAUCGCCUCUCGAUCGCCGCCCCUAUUGAAGUCUCUAUCGUUGGUGGACGAGUCAAUCUCGUUCAUUCAAUUCUGUGCAUUGUGUGUGAUCAUCAUCACCUCUGCAGUUGCCAUGAGAAGACAAAAUGCGAUUCCACAACCACAACAAACUGAGGGCAUUGCCAAUGAGGAGAUGAACUCCCUGACACCAGGUGUCAGGUCACAGCCGGGCACUCCCGAGUUGAGUGUCAAUGGUCUUCUUGAAACGAAAUCAGACCUCGAUUCCCUCCUCUUUGAGCACAUGGAAGGACCAAAGUCACAGUCUCCCGGCUCUGCAAGCAGCGAGGUCUCGGCUCUCGCCCCGGAUUCUAGGGUUGAUCCAGCACGGAUCUUCGAGAUUAUUGGAUGGGUCAAAACCGUGGGUGAGGCGAGCUCUGGCCAAGAAGGUGAGGCGACUACCAGGCCUCAAGUUCUUGAGCUCCAGCUCGGUAUCGGGACGUAUCGGGACGAGUCGCGCAUGUGA